ACCACAUCCUGUUUCCACUUCUCUGACUUUAAUAAGUUCCAGUGAAAGUAAGGCUAUUGUCAGUGGAGCAGCAGAACUCUUGCUGACACCACACUCAUCACCAUGGCGCUGCACAAUACCUGGGUGGUCCUGAUGCUGGUCCUUAGCCUUCGUGGUCAAGUUCAAACAGGGAAAAUCUUUGGGGGACGCAAAGCUGUCCCUCAUAGUAGACCCUACAUGGUGCUUUUGGAAACGAGAAUGUGGAAUGACGAAACCAGAUUUUGUCACGGCUUCCUGAUCAGCGAUCAGUUUGUGGUGACAGCUGCUCACUGCCAGGCCUGUAUCUAUAACGUCUAUGUAGGUCUUGAUAAGUUCAAGAAUGAUCAACCUCCGAAGGGCAUUCAAGUGAGUCGAGCAAUUCCACAUGAGUUCUUCAAUAAUGAAACAAAAAUCAACAACUUGAUGUUACUGCAGUUAAGCGAGAAGGUAAAUUUCACAGACCAUGUCAGACGGAUUAAUUUAGCAAGCCAAGGUGAUCAUCUGCCUCAAUGCUGUAUAGUCUCUGGCUGGGAAUUUAGCAGAAAAAAACAGAUGGCCAGGAGGCUGAGGGAAGUUGAGGUCACACUUGUGAAUCGUACACACCCUGCUGAGCUCCAUGCAUACUUCUCCCUUGGAAGAAUUGGACCUUCAAAGGGAGACUCUGGUGGUCCACUUGUUUGUGAGGGUGGAGUGGCGUACGGUGUUGUGUCAGUUAGCACAAAGUGCUUAAAAGUGUACACUAAAAUCCCAGACUACCUUGGUUGGAUUGAAGGCCACAUGAGGAAAAAGUGAAUCCAGAUUGUCAUCGUUAAUAUGCUCAUGCUUUGUUAACCAUGUUGAUGAAUAAAUCGGUUUCACAAA